AGUUGCGGCUGGGCAGCGAAUGCGAUUGAUUGGACUUUGCAGUGAGAGUGAGCAAUAAUCGACGGCUGAAACGGAACACAACAUAGCAAUAAUCGAAUGCUUUCUCAGUUCUCACCAACCCCACCACGACAAACAUUCGCUUCCGUCUAAUUUCAAUUAAAUCACCAACACAAUCCCUUUCUCUCUCUCAGUAGGAAAAUAUGACGAUCGAUUUUCACAGGUUUUGGACCAAAAACACGUUAAUAGGCCUCGGAUUGGGCCAGUUUCUGUCUCUUCUCAUCACUUCCACCGGCUUCACUUCUUCUGAAUUGGCUAAAAGAGGAAUUAAUGCUCCAACUUCGCAGUCGUUUCUCAACUAUGUGUUAUUGGCGGUUGUCUAUGGAAGUAUUCUCAUAUACCGAAGGAAAGCACUCAAGGCAAAAUGGUACUAUUACAUACUUCUUGGAUUGGUUGAUGUAGAAGCAAAUUUUCUAGUUGUGAAGGCAUACCAAUACACCUCACUUACAAGUGUGAUGCUGCUUGACUGCUGGUCAAUUCCAUCAGUCAUGCUUCUGACAUGGCUUUUCUUGAAAACAAAGUAUCGAUUCAAAAAGGUAACUGGUGUAGUUGUUUGCAUUGCCGGCCUUGUCCUGGUUGUGUUUUCAGACGUUCAUGCAGGUGACCGUGCAGGUGGAAGCAAUCCCCGUAAAGGAGACGUUCUUGUUAUUGCUGGUGCUACCUUGUAUGCAAUCAGUAAUGUUAGCGAGGAAUUUCUUGUGAAAAAUGCUGAUAGAGUUGAGCUCAUGGGAAUGUUAGGUUUCUUUGGUGGCGUUAUUAGUGCUAUUCAAAUAAGUAUACUUGAGCGCAAUGAACUUAAAUCUAUUCAUUGGUCAGCAGAGGCGGCGCUUCCUUUUGUUGGAUUUGCAGUGGCCAUGUUUAUGUUUUACUCUUUAGUCCCUGUUCUGCUUAAGAUCAAUGGUUCUACCAUGCUAAAUCUGUCACUGUUGACCUCUGACAUGUGGGCUGUCUUAAUUCGCAUCUUUGCUUACCAUGAGAAGGUUGAUUGGAUGUACUUUGUGGCCUUUGGUGCUGUUGCUGUUGGGCUCGUUAUCUACUCUGGAGGUGACAAAGAUGAGGAUCAGCGCCCUCCUAAUGCUGCUGAAGAUCUUCGCCCAAGCAAACAGGAUGAGGAAGCCAAUUCAGCAAAUCACAGCAAAGGAACUGUGGCUGGAAGCUCAAAAACUUGGGUAGCUUAAGAAAGUAUAGAUCUACAGAUUUGUACAGGGAACAACGUGAGGAAGAGUCUCCUUCAACAAAGGAGAUUAUUCUAAUUUUAUUUUGUAUUAGCUGCUCCUUCAAGACAGCAAUCCAAGAAGCAAACAAUUUAUUAUAGCUGCUGUUGCUCCCCUGUCUUAUCGUUUAGAGAACGAUCAGUAUUUUCUUUAGACAGAAUUUUGAGAAAUUCUUUCUGAUUUUGGAAAUUAAUUGUCAAUAUUUUAGUCAGUAUGGUG